GGAGUCCUGGGUGCCUUGGCGCGUAGUUGGCGUCGCAUCAUUGCUUGCCCAGCGUGCGGGUGGCACUGCGGCCCCUCGGUUUCCUGUCCGGGACCCAGAGCCUUGAGUUGCAUUUGCCCCGAGGUCGCAUCCCGCUGUAUCUUGGGACAAUCCAGGGGCCAGCCCAGGGACCCCGCGGUGUGCUGGGGGCUCAGGGCCUCUCGGCAGGAAAGUCCUCCCAGUAACUCCUCGCAGUCUGGACCUGCCCAACCCUCCUCAUUCAUUCGCCCCGAAGGUUCUAGACCUUCCAGGGGAGGGGCUUCGUCCUUUGGCGCUGUGCCUUUAAGAACUGGGCCCUCCGCAGGCACGUGACUGUCGCCUAGCAACGAGACGCGGCGCCACAACCUAGGCUGCGCGGAGCUGGUUUUCUGCAGGGACCAAAUGUCGGAGGAAAACCCCCAAGAGUGUGCGGAGCCUGGAGCGCCUAAGGCCGAGGCCCCCCCGGAGAAGACCAGCGACUACUACCGCGUGAGCGAGAACCUUCCCGUCCGGUUCAACAACCCAGGGUGGUUUCGAGGCUACAGAGUCCAGCAGGCUGCCUCAGUGUACAGGACCAGCAACCAGGUGUAUGGGAGCAGAGCACCCACUGUGCACGAGAUGCCGAAAGUAUUUUAUCCAAAUUCAAGUAAGUUUUCCAGACAGCUCUGGGUGAGUGGAAUGUUCCAGGAUAAUACGUUCAAUGUCUGCACGGAGAGGAGCAUUGUGACGGGCCCCGACAACUACAUCACACCCUGCGACAGGCUCAACUUCCACCCCAGUUACAAUGUCAGUAAACCGUCCAUCUGUGACUAAGGCAGCGAGACCCCUCCCCAGAGUCUUCUUCCCCUCCAGCCGCCACCCCGUGGCUUGAUGACUUGGAAAGGUACAAAUUUCACUGCCUUGUCUGAAAAAAAUUUUUUUUUCUCCCUGGAACAGAACAGUGUGC